AUAGCGAAGCUUCCUCCAACACGUCUGCUCCUUAACGGCGAAGGAUAGAGCCAGUCCCUUUUCUUCUGCUCUGUCGCCCCACUUCCAGACGCUCGUAAUAGCAAUUCUUCUUCUCUCGACGCGAAAACCCUUCUUUGGUCGAUCACUCGCGCAGAAAGAGAGAAAUGGGGCUGAUUUCCAACAGAGUGGACGAGAAGAGCCUCAAACCCGGAGAUCACAUCUACUCCUGGAGGACCGCCUAUAUCUACGCCCAUCAUGGAAUCUAUGUUGGAGAUGAUAAAGUCAUCCAUUUUACCAGACGGGGCCAGGAAGCAGGAACAGGAACCGUGCUGGAUCGCCUUGUGAUGAGCUCGUUACCAGCCCCAGCUCUGGUACGCUGCUCUACCUGUACCCCGCCGGAAGAGGGUCAUCAUGGGGUUGUGUCCUCAUGCGUGAACUGUUUCCUCGCCGGAGGUGUUCUCUACCGUUACGAGUAUGCUGUCUCACGCGCUCUCUUUCUCGCGAGUGUGCGUGGUGGAACUUGCACUCUUGCUGCUUCAGAUCCAGAUGACAUUGUGGUCCAUCGUGCAAACCACCUCCUUAACAAUGGCUUUCGGCGCUAUGACACAUUCAAGAACAACUGUGAAGACUUUGCUAUCUACUGCAAGACAGGGUUACUUGUUCUGGAUGAAAGAGCAAUGGGGCAGAGUGGGCAAGCUGAUUCAUUGGUGAGUGGGCUGAAUGCACUUGUUUCGUCUGUUCGAUUAAAGCUUUUCACCACCACCGAUGUCAAUACGAUGGGGGCUACAGCAUUCAAAGUCUACUGUGAAAGCCGGAUUGCUGCCGACAUUGGGAUGAGAAGCGAUGUGGCUAGGGUCUCUGUCGAGGACUUGACAACAAGGCUAGAAAACAACAGUAUUACAAUGACGAGACGAAAUGCAAGAGUAUGUCAUAGCUGUAGACGGCGGGGGCACUACUUUGCAGCAUGUCCAACAAAGCGACUAUGCCCAUCGUGUAAACAAGGCAUUGUAAAAUGUUUCAAGGUGAAAAAGGAGUCCAUAAACAAAGGGAGGUUGUUCAAUAUUUGCAGUAUUAAGUGUGGAUUUUGGAAGUGGGUCGAAGAAGGUGAAUCAAGUGGCAGUGCUUCAGCUAAGUCUACAACCAAUUUUCCCGUAAAAGAGUUAUCUUGCAUGUUUCAGACUCAAGCUCAAAUAUAUGAAGAAGAUGACGUGAAAAAUUCAGUGAAUGUAACAGUACGUAAGGGAAAAGGAAGUGUGAACCACCAUGGUAAAGGAAAGGGGUUGGCAUGAUUGUGGUUGACACUUGAGAAAUAUAUUUAUAUAUGCAUAUAUUGUGAUAAUUGAGUAAAAUUGUAUGUUAUGAAAACUCUAAUUGGAUAUGUGUUUGUAGUGGUAAAAUUAAAACAAGUAUUUAUAGAGAUAUUUCAUAUAUUUCGUAAACUGUAUGUCACGAAAAUUAAGUUUGUAGUGGUAAUUUGAUGAUUAUUUCAUAAUUUUUUAAUUUACCUGCAAUAUGAAGAAGUUAGGUAAAUGGAAGUCCC